GUCCCGUCGUGCAUAUACUUGAGCAGCAACAGGCAGCAUGGCGUCCAUGCUUGUGGCUCGUGCUGCCGCCCGUCCAGUGCAGGCCGCGCGGUCGGCUGGCAGGCCACAGGCCCGGCAGCUAGCCUUCCGGGCGCCGGCACGCGCCAUGCACUUCCACAGCAGGCAGUCUAUCAUCGCAGCAGCCGCAGAGGUGGAGGAGGUUGAGGAGGUGUCCACCGACGAGGAGGAGUAUGUGGAGGAGGCGCCCAGCUCGAGCUUUGCCGAGAAGCUGGCCAAGCUGCAGGCUGCGGAGGGCAUGCCCACCGACGCCGCCGAGUUCUCCCUCAACUUCCUGUGGCUGGACAAGAACAUCGCGGUGGCGGUGGACCAGGUGUUCCACCAGGGCCAGCGCAGCCCCGUGACCGAGUACUUCUUCUGGCCGCGCAAGGAUGCGUGGGAGGAGCUCAAGGCGUCGCUGGACGCGCGCACCUGGAUCGGCGAGCGCGAGAAGGUGCUCCUGCUCAACCAGUGCACAGAGGUGAUCAACUUCUGGCAGGCCGACACCCGCCCCUCCCUGGAGGAGGCCCGUGCCAAGUUCCCCAACAGCAAGUUCCAGGGCUCGUAAGCCACGGGCGUUUUACAGUCUGCGGACUACCGGCAGCAGCAUCAGACGGCCUGAUGUCCUCGCCACGGCUACAUGGCUGUCAGCAUUUGCCGCAUUGACUGGCGGUUUUGAGACGCUCCGUAGCG